CCUCCAUUACACGGCACGCGGUUGUCAAGGGAGACGUCAGACAUCUUGUCUUCGAGAUUAUGUCUGGGUUUAAGCACAUUUUAUUGGAUACUUUUUUUUCCUAAUAGCCUGUAACUCUGGAAGCAAGUCUGCUAGCAAGCUAAGAAAUUUAUCUUCGUAAAUUUGUUCUUUGGUUGUAAUCUCAAGCUUCCGCUGUAGUAAAUUCCUACAUCAAGACAAACUUUGAUCCCAACAACGCUGUUACUAAAGUAGUUAUUUGUAUUAGUGUGUGUUUCUUGCUAGAGGAUUACAAAGAUUUGUGUUCUAGAGAAGAUAAAUUGGACUGAAGAUAAUUUGGACUAAGUUGAAUGACGUGAUUUCUGAAUAAAUUAGAACACUGAAGAUCGAUACGUCCAGAACCAGGUCACAAUGUCACAAGUGGGGUCCCGACCAGCCAGCCAGAUGAAGGGCACUGUCAGCCAGAUGAAGGGCACUGUCAGUUUACCAGAAAUCAAGCACCCGUUCAGCCAGCUGGGCAAUUUAAACGGAAUGGAUGUCAGAGGCGUUUCCAGGGCAGGGGAGCCUAGGCCAUCUUCGAUUUUACCAAACACUGGGCGGCCACUUGCCAAUGAAGGAAACCAGACAGUCAGGAAAAGUUUCAGCGCUGCUGGGCGAGAGAGCAGACACGGCCUUAAGAACAAAGAAAAUAUUCACAGUCCACUGCCUUUGACCAUCCCAGAAGGGGUGGAAGUCAAACACGGUGACCCCAACGUCACAAGACUUCCGGUGUUUGGUAACAGAGCUAGUGUUGAGGAGCGAGAUGUGGUCAGCAGGGCGUCCACUCGCAUGUCAAGAGCUUCUGGUCAAGCAAGAUUAGAGAUUGAUGAGCUGGAGGCCAGUUUACGCGAGAGGCUCAAGAACAGAUAUUACGACGUCAAGAAGAAGUUCAAGGACAACGACCCCGAGGGACGGGGAAAUGUAUCUAGGGAGGCCUUCACGCGCAUUCUUGUGACAGUUUUAGGGAGGUCCAUCAACGGUCAGCAAUGCCAGAAACUAAUGGAGAGGCUAGGAUUCGCCGAAAGGUCCAUAAUUCCUUUCACUGAAUUCUUCGCCUACUUUAGGGAUGAAACCACGUCAGAGUACCCUCAAUGGAUGGAUCCCAUCAACAGAAUGAAUCAGGAUCGGGUCAUCAUGACCAGUGCGCAGGUCCAUGCGUACCUGAAAGAGAAAGCCAAACAAAGAUUUUUGGACUUGGCUGACUUGUUCCCACAAAUGAAUCCCGGAGGUUCUGGUAAAAUCAUGAAGAGUGAAUUCAGACAAAUGCUGAACAGAAUGAAUUUUCACAUGGAUGACCAGGAGUUUGAGAAGCUUUGGCUCAGAUAUGAUCCAGCCAAUGAGGGUAUUGUUAGUGGGCCGAAGUUGUUGAAUGCACUUGGUAUUGAGUGGAGGAAAUCUUCUGCAGACUCUGUCAAUAGAGUCCCCCCAUUUCUAGACAGUACCCAGAGGAAAGAGACUGAGAACUCAGCAGAUGAGAACAUCAAGCGAUCUCCGAGAAAGAAAGACAUUGAAAGAAGACAACAGCUAAAUGUUGAGAACUGGCUGAAGAAUAAGUUCCGGGAAGGUUUUUUUAACAUGAGAGAAGCAUUUGAAGAGAAGGACCCAGAGAAAACUGGCGUGGUUAGCUUUGAGGCCUUCAUUGAAGUCAUGGAGAGAUUUGGACUAAAACUGGAAAAGAAACUUCUCUUUUCGUUCUUAUGUCGCUGCUCCAUCAAACCCCUGGCUAAGGGCGUGCCUUAUCGCGAGUUCUUACACAGGUUCCAGGACCGAGGAGAGAAUGGUAUUACUCAUGUCAUCCUGACCGACGUUAAACACAGAUUCAACAAUCGUCUAUCAAGUCCAGCAGCUAACUCAACGGUCAGUGCCAUAGAAACACAGCUGACCAAUAUGUUUCAGAGAGACUUUCUGGCGUUACUGGGAACCUUCAGGAAAAUUGAUCGCCUUGGUCUGGACUACAUCAGCCAAGAAGAAUUUAGGGCCGCCAUUGAGUCUAGAUUUAACAUGGAACUCACCGAUGCCCAGUUUGAAUCAUUCAUCGACAGAGUUCCACUGGACGAAGAUGGAAAUGUCCAGUAUCCAAAAUUUAUGCAGCAGUUCGACGCCAGGGGACAGGCACCAAGUCUCUUUGAUCCUAGACCAGUGAUAGCUACAGUGUCCGAGGCUAAUGGCGAGGCCGAGAAGCAGGAAGCUAAGAAUAAAUCUGAAGACAAGAGCCAAGAGGUCGCUGUUUCCAUUGAGGAGGUGAAUGACCUUGACAAGAAAAGGUCACCCCAAGAACUGUUCAAGCUGAUCAAAGAUUUAUUGAGUCGAAGAUUUCAAGAGGUGGAGCACAAGUUUUAUGAGAUUGAUGAAACCAACACCAGAAGGUUGACUCAAGGGAUGAUGCACCAGCUGUUAAAAGAAUUUGAUAUUCGACCAGAGAUAACUCUGGGCGAGAUUCGAGAUUUGUGGAAGACUUUGAUCACCAACUCUGACAAAACAUUGGAUUAUCUUCAGUUCGUUCGCCAUUUUGGAUUCUCUCUGCGAUCUGCUGCCUUCCCCAACGCCAAGAUCCAGCCGCCAAGACGAGGUGAUGCUGACUUCAUGAUGAGGUCAAGGAAACUCAAUUGUGCUGCUGACAUGUUACAAGACAGUCUCAGGUCAAAGAUUGACUAUCUCUGGGAUGACCUUCGCCUUGAGUUCAUGAACAUGGAUCCCUACAACACUGGCCACGUCACAAAGGAGGAGUUCCGGGAGGUUCUGACAGAGCUUUGUGUGAACCUCAGCAACCUGGAGCUGGAACAGAUUAUCAGCAAAUUUCAAGUCAAACAAGAUGGCAGAGUAUCCUAUGUUGAGCUGUUGAGACCAUUUGCAUUGAGGAAACAAGUCUGGCGCCAUGGCAACAACAUGCUAAGCUUAUUACAGCACUCACAGUCCGAGUUGCCCGUCCAUGACACUGUAGAUGCCCCACAGAAGGGUCUACCUAGCAUCACAACCAAACUGAGGCAAAAGGUUUCAGGUGACUGGAAGUCUUUAAGAAGAGCUUUUCGCAAAAUGGACGCUGCCGGAAGUGGUUAUUUGUCUCUCCCAGAGUUUAGGUCAGUUCUGAAACUGGCAAAUGUUCUCAUGGAUGAGGAAGAUGUUUAUCAAGUCCUGAAUGAGUUUGACCGUGACCUCACUGGACAGAUAAGUUACGAGAAGUUCUUAAAUGAAGCUUCCAAGGUUGACACCAGACAUAAGAUCAAGUCUAUUGCAUAAACAUUUUUGUUCCCAUGCCAGAUGGCCAAAUAUCUGGACAAUAAAACAGAAUUAAGAAUUUACUUGACACUUGAGCUGUUGGUUUAGACAAAAACUAGAUGCCAAGAAAUUCUUAAAAUAUUGUACAGUUCUUGAAAACAUUUUAUGACUAUGAUGUCUCAAUGCUAAUCUUGGACAAAGUCAGCUUUUGUAUUUUGCUUAAAUAUAUUUACAAUAUUUUACAAUAUAAAAAAAUACAAUUGUACAUUUUCCAGUCAACUGUAGGACUUAUAUAAAACUUUUAUUUGAGGAAUCAGUUGAAAUGUCACACAUGGUUAAACAUAUAUACAUAGAUUGACUUACAUUUUGUAUGGGAUUUCUUCUAGGCUUUCAAUUUGAGCUGCCACUUUGUGGCUAUAGAUUAUUGUCUUGUAUUUUGUAGUGUCUUUACUUGUGACUGUUUGCACAUACAUUUUUUAAAAAAUAUAAUCAAUUUCUACCAUAAUUAAUUUUGUUGAUAAAGUUAUGCAAUAGAUUCCUGUGAUAAACACUUUUUAAAAAAUAUUUUUAUUAGACAUUUAUAUUUUUAAUGCAUAUUUAUUCAUUUGUUUGUAAUGAUACAUAUUUAGAUUUUUGAAUAUUUAAAUGUGAUAAUUUUGUAUUUCUCUGAAGUCUGAAUCGGUUUGUAUAAUGUAAUUUUCUCUCCUGGACACAAUGUAGGUCCACAAAUAUAAUGUAUCUCAAGGCACAUUGAUCAAUGUUAUUUUAUGUAUGUACAUAACUCUAUAAAUAGAUUGAUAUAUAUUUAUACAACUGUAUACAUCUAUAUAUUUGUAUGACUACAAAAGCAUUAAUUUCCAGAAUAGAUCUGUACUUUACAUCAACCGAAUAGUCAUUAACAUGUAUCUAUAGAGAAUGGUUUGGUUUGUAUUUUUAACUUAGUGAUAUGUCUCAUAUAAAUUAUGAUAUAUUUAACAAUAACUAUACUAUACCAUAUAAAUUACAUAAAAAUCUUAUGAUAAUAAUUUUGUAUUCACAUCUAUAUAUUUUACAUACAGGAUCUUUUGAGGGAAAGGGGAAUAGGAGGUAAUCAAGCAGACUGGUUUCUUUAUAGAAAUGAUUGAAUCACUUGAUAUAAACAGCAGCACACGUUGACAGAGAUUUUACUGUAACAGGGCAGAGCCUCGGACAACAAGGGGCAUAACUCUGCUAGUAGUAAAUCUACCAGUAAAAUGGGUCGGGUGUACGCACUGUAUUCAUAAAGUUAUAUCCUUGUUCUUUACCACGAAGUAUUAAAUUUAAAAUCACCCACAGGUGUACAGCAACACCACACAUCGCAUCAUGCAAAAUCCAUCUUUUGAAAUCAUAAACUAAACUCUUGUAAUAUAUUUUCUGUAUAACAAAGAAAUCGUGUCCAACUCUAUUAUCCUAAUAUAAACAAAAAAAAAAUUAAACAUGAUCUAUUGAUUCGCAUUCUGAUACUAAUUUUUUAAUUUGUCUGAACCUGAGAUGCACACACACACAAACAUACAUUCAAACAUCACGUUUUGAUCGAAGCAGUGUGACUUGUAUUUCGUGGAUGUAUUUGUACAGUUUGACAUUGUGAGGACUAUUAAACAUUUGUAACAUCAAA